GAAAUUUCUGGAAAUUUAUUGUUCUUUUUGAAAAAUGACCUUUAAUUUCGGACGUUAUAACAGAACGACCCCUAAAGAAUUUAUUUUGUUUGGAAUAUUGUUAAAUUUAUAUCAUCAUUAUAUUUAAAUUAAGUUUCUCAAUUAUCUUUUAAAACUUAAUACAGUAUUAAGUUUAUAGUUAAGCAUAGUAUAAUUGGAAAUGAAUAAUCUAAUUUUCAUGACAAAACGACAAAAAAUUGUCCUAAUUUGACAGUCAACUUUUUCAAUUACUUAUUAAUAUUUUAGGAAUAAUUUUUUUUAAUUUGACGUUAAUAAAAAUGUAAAGAAAGUUGAAGUAGAAUAGAUAUUUAUUAAAACAAAAGACAUUUUUUAUGAAUAUAAUCACAUACAUAUGACUAAAGUUAUACGGUGUUUCAUAUGUUUUUUUCAUUUUUUUUAAAAUGACAAAAUAUUUCUAAUGCGUAAAUCGUCACUUAAGUGUGAGUUUUCGAAUUUAUCUGUAUAUAAUCAUAUCUCCAUGAGUGUAUAAGGCUUGUUAUGAAUUUUUUAUUUCGGUUUUUUAAGGAUUUAGUUUGAAUUUUUAUUAAAAUGGAAACUAGGUAAGGAAUAAUAGAACCAAGCUUAAUCAAAUUGACUUUAUAAAAACUUUUAUAUUCAAGACAACAAGCUUCGAAAAAGAAAACUAUUGAUGGCAAAGCUGAAUGCAACAAAUCAAAUUCAGUUACAAAAGACGAUAAGAAAAACGAAAAAUUAAGGAAAAAACAGGAGAGUAAAAGCAAGAAGAAGUCCACAAGUACUUCAAGAGACUCAAAAAGCCAAAGCUCAUAGCUAUCCAAAAAAUCAAGUUGUAAAUCUUUUUUGAACUAAGAACUGAUCUAAGAACAUGCUUUAAAUAAAUUUAUUUUAAUCAGCAGGCUGCUGUUAAAUCUUAUGGUUGUUUGUAAUGUUGAGACAAUUUCUAAGAUCAUAUUAGAACUAAAGUGUUAAGCUACAAGAUCACAUUAAACAUUAAUCUCAUAAUCUCAUAAUCUCAAUCAAAAAUAAUUUUAAAUUACACUUUAAUUUUAAAAUGCUUAAAAAAAUUUCAACAUUUUUCUCCGUAUAACAUUGUUAUGAGUAAGUUAUGAGUUCUAUUCUCUUUUGUGAUUCAUUUAAAUGCGAAAUUCGAAUAUUGUGAAUUGAUUCAAAAGAUAAGAGACAACUGAAAUAGAAUAAAAAAGUAACUCUUUAAGUAAUGUUUAUGCAUUUUGAAUUAAAAAUUUCAAAACAAUGUCAGGAACUGAAUUAAAAAAUGAAGAUGAACUUGAAGACUUAACUAAAACAUCGGAUGACGUUGAGGAAAAAAAUAAUGACCAUGUAAAGGAACCUGACAAUGACAUUAAUACUCGAAACUGUCUAGAUGAAAAUAAAUGCGAUUCCAGUAGGCAUCCAAAGAAACAACUUAAAUCACCAAUAAGAGGAGCAUGUCCAGCUUCAAAGAGUAUAAAUUCCCCACAACAUGACACUUCUUUAGAUACUGAUGAGCAAUUUCAGGAACAAAUCGAUAAACCUAUUGUGGAGGCUUCACAUGAGGAAACAAUUGAUUUAAAUGUUAAAAGUCAAAAUAUCUGAAGAUUGGAAAAUUAUUGAAAUUGAAGGAGCAACUUAGUGCAAAAGACUAAGUGUAAAAGAAACGCGAUUUUAAGAAUUUUAAUAAAAUAUCUUUAUACUUUUAUGAUAAUAAAUGUGUUCUUUUUCUCCACUUUGAAGUGUAGGGCGUUUACGAAACUUUUGAAUCUAACGCGAUUGCUGGCUAAUACCACAAGCUCACUAAGCAGAUAGCCCUGCUGUAGACCUGGAAAAAAUGUAGAAUUGUAGACAUCUACAUCGAAUCUUAAUGUAGACAGAAUCUUUAUGUACAAAUAAUCUUUGUGUAGAUUAGAUUUUCUAUCUUCAUGUAGAAUCGAUCUUUAUGAAGAAAGUUUCUUAGCUAGACAAAAACUAUUGAAGAAUCUACAUUCUUCAUCUAGUGUAGACAUCUAAAUUUGCAACACUGAUUUAAAUCGACUUAUUGUCGAGUUUUAAACAAUACCACUGUUAUACUUCGGUUAAUAUCAAUUGUUAUACUUCUAAUCUUU